ACUUUAUUUGAGGCGCCUCAUUUUAGUAAAGUGUGUGUCGUUGGUUGUCUCCAAUCUAGCAGCUAGAAUAUGGCUCCUGUAAAAAAUGGCAAGGACAAUCUGAGUGCCGUUUUGUACGGCAAGGAUGACAUGAAACUAGAACAAAGACCUAUUCCUGUUCCACGGGACAAUCAGGUCCUUCUUCAGAUGGAAGUCGUUGGAAUCUGCGGCUCUGAUGUCAGUUACUUGGCCAAAGGCGUAUGUGGUCCAUUCGUCGUCAAAGACCCUAUGGUUAUCGGCCACGAAGCUUCAGGAACUGUCGUUGAAUGCGGCAAAAACGUUAAGAAUCUCCAAGUUGGUGAUAGAGUGGCAAUUGAACCAGGUGUACCAUGUCGUAUCUGCCAGCUUUGCAAAUCUGGAUCUUACCAUCUGUGCCAGGACCUCUUUUUCUGUGCCACCCCUCCAGAUGAUGGCAACCUCUCCAGAUACUACUGUCAUGAUGCCGAUUUUUGUUGGAAGUUACCCGAUAACAUGGAUAUGGAGGAAGGAGCCAUAAUGGAGCCCCUCUCAGUCGGAGUCCACGCCUGCAAAAGGGCCAACAUCAAAAUCGGUGACGUAUGUUUGAUCACUGGUGCGGGGCCGAUAGGUCUCGUGACCCUAUUGGCUGCCAAAGCCAUGGGAGCCUCCAAAAUUGUCAUCACAGAUAUUCUCGAUGUUAAAUUGAAAAUGGCUAAACAGUUGGGAGCAGAUUACACCAUCAAAAUUGAUGGUAGCUUGACAGAAGACCAGAUUGUCAGCAAAGUUAUUGAGCUUCUUGGGCAAGAACCAAAUGCCUCUAUGGACUGUACAGGAGUUGAAGCUUGUGUCAGGAUAUGUGUCAAGUCUACUGGCUUAGCAGGAGUUGUGGUACUGGUGGGUUUGGGAAAACUUGAGAUGACUCUGCCCUUAGCCAAUGCUUUGAUCAAAGAAGUGGACGUCAGAGGAGUUUUCAGAUAUUGCAAUGAUUAUCCUACGGCAAUAGAGAUGGUACGAAGUGGACGAAUCAAUGUGAAACCUUUGGUGACACACAGAUAUCGUAUUGAGGACACUCUAAAAGCUUUCCAUACGGCUAGAACACAAGAAGGGGACCCAAUCAAAGUUUUGAUCUACUGCAAUCCCAACUGGAAACCAUCAUAGGCUUUACGAGUAACAAGAAUUAUUUUUUCGUUGAAAUUUUUACAGAGUUUAUGCAUUUAGAUCUAUGUUUUAUGUCUAUUUGAGUAAAAUAUGGAGAUAUUUGAAUCU